UGAUUGUUGCGCUGAUGGAAUUAUUCACAGAAUGAGCGCGUAUAAAAACAAACCUAGCUUACUUAUUGUGAUAGGCUUUCUGGCAGCCAUCGGUUGUGCUAAGAAGAUUAAUCGCUUGGAAAAGGAUACCGUUGUAGACAAAUAUGAGCCAACAUGGUCCAGUUUAGAUUCGCGCCCGUUACCAAAGUGGUAUGACGAUGCGAAAAUAGGAAUCUUUGUCCACUGGGGCGUGUAUGCGGUUCCCAGUUAUGGUGGAGAAUGGUUCUGGAUCAACUGGGAAGGUUACAAAUAUGAGGACUAUGUGAAAUACAUGAACAACAAUUUUAAACCAGGCUUUACGUAUCAAGAUUUUGCCGGCGAUUUCACUGCUGAAUUGUUUAACGCUACUGAAUGGGCCCAGCUUUUUUCUCAAUCUGGAGCACGAUACGUGGUUUUAACUAGCAAGCAUCACGAAGGUUACACUUUGUGGCCAUCAAAGUAUACCUACAGCUGGAAUUCCGUUGACGUGGGACCUCAUCGGGACAUAAUUGGCGAAUUAUCUGCUGCCAUUCGGAAUAGCACCACGUUGACCUUUGGUGUCUAUUAUUCCCUCUUUGAAUGGUUUAAUCGCCUCUAUCAUAACGACAAGUUGCAUGCCUUCCUAAAGGACGAAUAUGUUGAAAAUAAAGUUUGGCCGGAACUGAAAGAGUUGAUCAACACAUACAAGCCAGAAGUUCUUUGGAGUGAUGGAGACUGGGAAGCUCCAGAUGGUUAUUGGAAGGCAAAAGAAUUUUUCACGUGGCUGUAUAAUGAAUCACCCGUCAAGAACACUGUAGUGACCAAUGAUCGUUGGGGAAUGGGGACGCUUUGCAUGCAUGGGGACUUCUAUACGUGUUCCGAUCGUUACAACCCAGGAGUUCUUCAAAAACACAAAUGGGAGAAUGCUUUGACAAUCGAUAAGAAAAGCUGGGGACAUCGACAGAAUGCUAAGCUGGAGGAUUUCAUGAGCUCUUCUGAAUUGAUUGGUGAGAUAGCUAGUACGGUAAGCUGUGGAGGCAACAUCCUUAUCAAUGUAGGGCCGACCAAGUACGGAACGAUCGACCCGAUAUUUGCUGAACGUUUGAGUGAUAUGGGCAGAUGGCUUAAGAUAAACGGAGAAGCAAUCUAUAAAUCAAAACCAUGGAUUUUUCAAAACGAUACGCUAACUUCUAAUAUUUGGUAUACAUCGAAACGUGCUUCGCACUAUGAUAACGACUCGGAAUUUACCAACGUUUACGCCAUUAUUCUGAAUUAUCCUUACAAAACGAAUAGCGUACAGCUGGGAGCAUUUAAUGAUUGGUAUAAAAAAGUAGUCCAAAUUACAAUGCUUGGAUUUAACACAAGCUUGCAUUGGAAACCAACAGCGAAUGCAAUUCAAGUAGAGUUUCCGUUGAAAAAUGAAAUAGAUCGCCUGAAUUUAACCUUGGCUUGGACACUAAAAAUUGUACUGUUAGAUGAGCAUGUGUGAGAGAGAACUCGUACGCAUAUGAUAGUAUCCAAACCACGGCCGUAUGUGCGUAGUGGCAAGACUUUCCAGCAUAUAUAGAGCAAUACUAACCUUUUGUUCACAGAAGGAUAUUAUUUUAUACUAUUCGAGUCAUGAAAAUGUGGUAUAAUUGUAAGCAUAAAAGAAAAAGUGUUCUGUGAAAAAUGCUGAAUGACUAGGAUUUUUCUAUAUUAUAAAAUUAAAUAGAGAAAUCCACAAACAUAACCAAAAAAAUAUA